GCUUGUCGAUUUGUGCUGUUAGAACAUACUGUUGUUCCUGCUGGCUCCUUCUAUUAUCGAUAGCUAUCUACCAUAAUACCAUGUCUGAAGUUCCAUUAUCAAGUAGACCGCCGGCAACCAUUUCACAGGUUAUGAUGGAGGUAGACGACACCAACAGCGAGGCUCUGUUAGCGCAGAGCACAGAGAAACCAGAAGUACCUGUGACCACAGAGAAUCCAGAAAAUUGUAUGGUGAAGGUUGAAUCAAGUAUAUCUCAAAAUAACGGUUCUUGUUCUGAACUUGGCCCUAAUGAAGCUACCGCCGAUGUAGAAAUUGGUGGUGCUACAAAUGAAUCUACACAGGAUGAAACAACUGUGCAACAAGGAAAAAGUGAAGGCGACCAAGGAAAAAUGCCACAAAGUGGAAAGACAAUUUCAGAGGUCAAGUUUGAACCUCAGACAAUCGCAUCUAGACCGAAGAGAAGAUCGGCUAAAUCCAUAGAUUACAAGGAAAAAGCAGAAACGGAUAUACCAUCCUCCGUUACGAAGUCAGAAAAGCGUGGUUCUAAGCCACGUCGUGGGAAAUCCUCAUCUGAUUCAACGUCUCCUCCCCCCUCAUCUUCUUCCGUAUCAUCUUCCAAGAAUGUUGCAUUUUUUGAUGUGGAUGAUGUUAUUCCAAUAAACUAUCAGCCGCCAAUAGCUCCAGGAACUGAUUUCAACGAAGGGCUUGAUCUAAGAGGAGCACGAAUGGACUCUGCUGAGAUAACGCUUACAUUGAAAAAUGGACAUACAAUAAAAAAGGGUGAUUGUAUAUAUAUGAUCUGUGAGCCUCCAACUGAACCAUUUUAUGUCGCUCAAGUUCUGGGCUUCACAAAAAAAGAUAAAACUUCAACGAACAAGAAAGCGUCUAACUAUAUGUUCAGUGUUUGUUGGUUUUACAGACCAAGGGAUUUAAAUAGGCGCCUUACAGACACUAGACUUGUUUACGCAUCUUUACAUCGAGAUAACUGCCCCUUGGCCAGUUUUCGAGGGUUUGCCACGGUAAAACACAAAUCAGAAAUUGAUAACUUGGAAGCUUACCGACAACAACCAGACUGCUUCUAUUUUGACAAAUUGUACGACAGAUACAUGAUAAAAAUGUAUGACAUGAUUCCUACAGUUCAAUUGGUCCAUCUUCCGCCAAAUUACUACAAAGCGCUUAACAAGAGAUUUGGUUAUAUCUUUGUUGAAGUUGGGAAAGCUGAUGAGUUAUUAAGCUCACCAAAAAAUUGUGAAAAAUGUUUACAGUGGUGCUCUAGUUCCGACUCAAUUGCUUGCUCUGGCUGUGAGAAAUCCUAUCACUUGUUGUGUUUAGAUCCUCCCAUAUUAACUAAGCCCAAAAGAGGAUUUGCGUGGUACUGCGCAGCGUGUAAUAAACGGCUAGAAGAUAAACUGGCUGAAAAUAGAGGUAAGAUGCUAGAAAGUUCUCAGCCUUCAAUGAUUAUAAAAAAUGAAGAGCGUGCUUCUUCUCAAGAGAAAACAUCCGAUCAAGAAGCUGAUUCUCAAACUUUUCUAUCUGACGAUAUACAGGAAGCCGACUCUAGUUCAUUGAGAUACGAACAGCUUGCUAAAAAAUUCUUAGAAGAUGACAGCCGGGUUUCUUUGAAAAAAAGAAGAGAGAUAGAGGAAUGGCCAUACAGAUAUCUUGGUGUUCAUGCCAAGUUUGAGGAUGCACUGGAUUUGCAGGAUCGUCCAUAUGCACGAGCUGCUUCUAGACUUGGCUCUAAAUAUCAAUGUACUUCUAUCACUGAUUGGUAUGACCACAAAGUACAAUUUUACGAUACGGAUAUAUCUUCAUCAAGUCUCAACAAUAAACGAUUUAAAAAAAAUAACAACAGAAAUAAAAAGUCAAAUACCCCUGUUUAUGCUGAAGAAAAUGAGCUUGAAAAUAAAAAGUUCCCAAUCCCUGAAGAGUAUCAAAACCUGAAGCCUAAACAGUAUCCAGGAUGGCUUCAGCCAAAACCAAAGGGGUAUAUUGAAAGAGGUGUAGAGGAAACCAGCACUUUACUUUGGAAAAUGCCAACCAAUCUGGAACUUCCUGAAAAGGAAGCUGGAGAUAUAAUUGAGAAAUAUAUCAAAGACUGUGCUCCAAUUGCCAAAAAGUUGAAAUUGGCAACCGUUACGACACCGAACUUUAUUGAUGCAAUUUUAUUGAUUUUGAUGAGACACGAUUAUCGGCCUGAGGAUUGCUUUGAUGAAGUUCAAAAGUUGACACGUGAUUCUUUGAAAGAACCUACUUUUACUGAUGAGGAAGUCAAACGGUUUGAAGAUUCUGUUCGCCUGCAUGGAAGUGAGCUAUAUCCUGUGUUCAAAGAUGUUGGAACACAAACGUCUGCGAUGGUUGUCAGGUUUUAUUAUCUUUGGAAGAAGACGAAAUCUGGCCACGAGAUUUGGGAUAAUUUCUCCGGUAGGGCUAAAAACAGAUUGAAGAGCACAAAAAAUGUGGGGGUUGAUCUUGACAAUCCAGAAGAUGAUGGCGCAUAUGCGAGUAGCAAAAUCAGCAGAUCACAAGUCAAGUUUAAAUGUAUAUAUUGUGAAACUAAUCAUAGUCCCGAGUGGUUUAGAGCUCCAGGUGCGAUGAUUGACGACAAAAAUCAUGUUUGUGAAGGUUUGUGCUACAGGUGUGCAAAACUGUGGAGGAAAUAUGCCGUUAAGUGGGAAAAUCCGAUUGAACUAAUCAAAAAUCAAGAGAAGAAGAGCUCUUACGCAACAAAGAGGAAAACCGAGUACGCACUUAUACAAGAGGCUGAGCUGGUUGUCAACGCACGAGAAAACUACAAAAUGCAUCCGAGAAAAGUCUCCAGUGGGUUGAAGGAGUACAAAACUAUCGAUGCGGAUUUUGAUCUUUCAAUAUCGAGUAAUGAUAAAACCAAAAAGAAGCCAGGAAGAAAACCAGCUGUCAAAGUAGCUCUGAAUACCUCACCGCAGUCUUCAAGUUCAGCAAUUGGAGCUAUCGCUUCAUCUGCUGAGACAAAGGUCAAGGUUAAGAGAGAAAAGAAAGAAUCAAUGGCGGACAAAAAACCAAGUAAAAGAAGCAUAAAAGAGGUAGAACCUUCCGCAAGUGGUAGUUUGAAAGAAAACGAUAGUGCCAGUGAAGAAACCGAGCAGGUGGCCAAAAAGAAAAGAUCUUACAGAAAGAGGCAACCUACUGAUAAAAGUUUGAAAUUUGUUUACGGAAAGGUUAUUAACGACACUUCGAAUGGGUCAAUGAAAUUUACAACUAAGAAAAAAGAUAUGCUUUCCGAUGGCAAUGUUCCUAGAUCGGUUAAGCUAACUGCUCAGCUAGAGGCUGCCAGAGUGCAGUUUGAAGAUAAUGCCAGAAGCAGCCUUUUCAAUGCGUUUCUAGACAUGAAAUUAAGGGAAAGAAUUGAGUCUCUAGAAAAAGAGCUAGCCUUGCUAAGUGAUAGAGAUGCUGAAAAAUCUUAUUCACUGGAAAGCAUUAAUCAAUCGAACUACCCAUCCGAAAAUGAAGCUUUUGAUCCUCUUUCUUCUCCGAAUGCCAACUUGUCAACCUCAAGUCGUCCAAGUACCAAGGACUCUGAAAGUUAUGGAUUUCACACUGGCAAAAAAUAUAUCCGCAGAAGGCUAUUUCUCUCUAAAACUUCUGUACCAGGAAGUGGAGUAUUUGAGACACCGCCGAUACAGUUACCAAUGGAUGCAGUAACGCCUCUGUCCACGACCACAAAUGUGCAGAACAACCUGAGAAACAAAUUUGUAUUCCAACUGUACGAUCAAGGAGUCAGACCUGUUUCUGACGUAGAUUAUAAUAAUAUAUCUAAUUCAGAUGCACAAUUUCAAAGUCAGCCAAACCUUUUACCACGAGAUGAAACACCACCAGCCAUUACGUCUUCAAUGGUACCAUCUUCCUCAGCAUCAGUUUCUGCAAUGUCAUCGUCGUCUCCCGGUCCUAGGUCGGUGGUAACUACGGCCGGAUCAAUAGCACCAUCAUCCGCUUCGGGGUCGAAGAAAAGAAGUACUUCUGCUGGGUUUAUGACAGGAGCUAUAAAAAAUAAAGAAUUUGUCAAUUUAUCACCAUCUUUCAAGGUCAAAAUGUUGACUCCUUUGAUAGACUUUAAUGAUCGAAUAACUAAAAAGAUGCUUUCAAGAUACACUACCAAAUUUGAUGUUUACAAUCCGUUACUAUCUGAUGAUUUCUAUAUCUCACCCAUUUAUCAGAUGAGACCGUCCAGUAAGGAACUACACGUACUUUGGAAGCAGUAUCAAACUAGCAGAAAGUCGAAAGGGAGAUCUAAUAGACAGUUUCAGCCGCUAUAUCCUCCUAAUAAAAGAGAGUGUUGUGUUUGCAGAGAAUUUGGUGAUACCACAAGAAUGUUAAUUUGUUCCAAUUGUGGUCUAAAUGUUCAUGCAUCGUGUUAUGGUGUUAAACUGAAUAGUAGAAUGGAAAAAGAGGCCGGUGCUUACAACUGGCACUGUGAUCCUUGUUCAAAUGAUUUACAUCCUUUGGUAUCCACACAAUACAUAUGCUUACUCUGUAACUCUCGCGAAUCUAAUAUGGACAAUGCAAUCAAGGGAGAUCCUAUUUCUAUUCCCGAUGCAUUGAAACGUACAGUUGAAGGUAGAUGGUGCCAUAUUAGUUGCUCAUUAUUGUGUGAAAAUGUUAAAUAUGGAUCAAAAUCAUUACAGCCAAUAUAUGGGGCCCAAGUCACGGGAAUCAAAAAUGUCUUCAAGUCAUGUAACAUAUGUCUGAGUAAUGGUGGAUCAGUUGUUAAAUGUGAGUUCUGCUCAGCUAAAUCCCACGUUACUUGUGGUCUUGAUUUCGGGUGGAAAGCUGGAUUUAUGCUAUUAAAGGUAUUCGAUCUAGCUGAUGGUGAUGUCAUUGGGAUCAGUGGAUCAAAUGCGGUAGGGAAACUCAAACCGAUUAUUUAUUGUGACAAGCAUAUCAUUCCUGGAGUGUCUGAUUUACCAACCAUUUACAGUUUAUGUGACAAAGGUAGAAGGUUCAGUGAAAAAAACGAUGAGUUUACUCUCUUUGAGUUGUAUACUGCAGAUGAUAGAAAGAGGGUUCCGCAGAUGGGAAGUGGACUUUUACGUAGGAAGGCUUAUGAAGAAAUGAACCACGAAUUUGCAGAGCUUGUCGUAAAGGCAAAUUUACAAAACGAAUAUGAGACCAGAGAACCAGAACCUACUGAGCACCGCUGCAUCAAAUGUUCGAGGAAAUCUAGUUUGGCUUGGUACCCUAAUGCUGAAUUAGAAGGAGAAGUAUGCCACAUGUGCUAUAAAAAGAACAAGCUUCAGGAAGUUGUACCUGAGAUUCCUAGUUUGGAUUCUGUGAAUACCAAACAGUAUGACUACUCAAUUUUUGGAUUUUGACGAAGUUUUUGUAAAAACAAAUUCAUCUAUACUUUUUUUGCAUUUAUUUAUGUUUAAUAGUUUUAACCUGUACAGGUACGUUUUUGAAAAUUGAUGGAAAUAGCAAAAAAUACUGCCCUUGAAUCAGUGGUUAAUUUACAAAUAUUACAAACUGCCACGCAUAAGAAUGGCUUCUAUACGUUGAAUUUCCUCCAUGGAGUCGGCCUGCUCUAAUUCCUUUUCUAGGCGAUCUCUAUCAUCUUCAGUCAUCGGCUUUGUAUCUUCCUUCUCCUCAGUAUCUACAUUAUCCAUCACAUAUUGCUCUUCUCUAUUUAAUGUUUUUGUGGCAAAAAUUGGUAUAGGCUUCACCGAC